AUGACACAAAUUCAAAGAAUAGAUGGUACCUGUAUUACAGAUCAGCAAGGAAUGGAAAAUGAAGUGAUCUCUUUCUACAGGAAGCUAAUGGGUACAAAGCUGGACUAUCUUGAAGGUAUUGAUACAGCAGCUAUGAGAAAUGGCAGCCAAUUGAAUGUUGCGCAGAGGGAUAUGCUGACGGGGCACGUAAGCGAAGAAGAAAUCACUACAUCUUUACAAGGCAUUGGUAAUGAUAAGGAACCUGGUAUUUAUGGGUUUGGAGCGUAUUUCUACAAGAAAGCCUGGAAUAUAAUCAAAGUGGAUGUCAUAGCAGUUGUGCAGGAGUUCUUCAAGCAUAACCGUUUGUACAGAGCAGUUAAUUAUUCUGCUGUCACUCUUGUCCCGAAGCACAAGGGCACGAAAGAAAUUAAAGACUAUCGACCUAUUGCGUGCUGCAGUACCCUGUACAAAAUUAUUUCCAAGAUCUUGGCUAACUGUCUCAGCAAAGUACUAGGUACAAUAAUUGGUGCGAAUCAAGCAGCAUUUGUCAAAGGGCAGAGAAUUCACAACCAUAUCUUACUCACGUAUGAAUUGAUUAAGGGAUACGAUAAGAGAGGUAUUCCCCCCCCCCUCGAUGUUUUAUGCAAAUGGAUAUUCAAAAAGCGUAUGAUAUAG